AUGAAGCACUUGUGGCAGAUUUUUGUCCUGUGGGGCUUCUGGGUGCUCAUCUUGUGGCUGAUGGCCCCCUGCCUGGAUCCAAAACCUGAAUCGGCACCCCAGGGAAAACUGAUGGUCUUGGGACUGGGGCACUGCAACUGCCCUUGGUUCAAAUUUAGGAAGAGUGGCUGCCCAUCUGAAACACUAAACUCCUCCCUCUGCUACCACAGAGUUGGAGAACGGGGCUGGUAUGCUGAAUGCUAUGAGAAGAUGAUAGAGUACCUGAAGAGGGACAUGAACUCAGCAAGUGGUUUUGGCAAAAUGUGGAAAAAGGUGUUCAAGGGGAUUCCCAGACUCUCAGUGAGCCAUUUCCAUUUCUACUGUGGGACUUGUACUUUGGUGGAGAACUCCAAGAUCCUGCGGGCCUCCGGCCUUGGCAACAAUAUCAACCAGUGGACCCUAGCCUUCGGGUGAUGCUUCAUCUAUCCUGGGAAUGCCAGCAGCCAGGGCUCUUGGAGACAGCUGCUGCUUCUGCUGCUGCUGCUGCUGAAGCUUUCUGGUCUGGUGUGGGCUUCAGAUGCUCCAAGUGAGGAGGAUGCCUACUUUGGAUUUGGAUCAGAAAAGCAAAGAAAGGGGUGCAAUGACUGUUAA